CCGGCCUCUAAAAGAGCACGGCCCUAGUCCCCUCCCUAGUGCCGCUUCGCCUCCGCCUCGCCGCCGGUGACUCCGGCGAGAUCCCCGGUCGCCCGACGGGAGGCGCGGCGAUAUGAGGCAACUCGCGGUGCGGCGGUGGAAGGCGCGGCGCAUCCCGCCCCUCGCCGUGCUCGUCCGGUCCAUGGCGUACGUGGACGUGAGGAUGCGGUGGAAGAAGGACGAGUCCUUCGACGCCGUCCCGGAGCUGUCCCACGCGCGGGACCUCCGCCCGCUCGUGUCGCUCGCCCGCCUCCUCUCCCCGUCGCCGGCCCCCGUCUCCUCGGUCUCCAAGCUCGGCCGCUUGCUCGAGGCCCCCGACCGCCGCGUCGCCUCCUUCCUGCGGCGGUUCCCCGCCGCCUUCGUGGAGUCCGUCGGCCCGGAGCACAACCACCCCUGGUUCCGUCUCUCGGGCUCCGCUGCCCGCCUCCUGCGGGAGGAGCGGGAGAUCUUCGCCGCCCACCGCGCGGGCAUCACCUCCCGCCUCCGGCGCCUCCUCCUCAUGUCCCCGCGCCGCCGCCUUCCGCUUGCCGUGGCGAAGGGCAUGCUCUGGCACCUCGGCCUCCCGGAGGACUACUUCAGAUGUGGAGACUAUGAUAUUGGGCAAGACGGAUUCCGGAUUCUCUCACUUGGAGACAGCGUUAGCCGCGACGAGGAGGAUGAUAGGAGGGAGCUAGUGCUCAUUGACAAUGGAGGAGACCAAGAAUUGCCCAAAUCAGUGCUCGAAAUGGAUGCAAUGAGGAGGUUUGGAUCAACGGAUUUGGUGCCCAUCCCACUAUUCCCCUCAAAGGGCCUCCGGCUGAAGUGGAAGAUUGAAGAGUGGCUGGAGAGGUUUCAGAUGCUGCCCUAUGUCUCUCCCUAUCAAGAUUUCAGCCACAUUGAUCGCAGCUCCGAUGUUUCGGAGAAGCGGGUUGUAGGCGUGCUCCAUGAGCUGCUUAGCAUGUUUGUGACAUGCUCUGCGGAGAGGAGGCGGCUACGUUGCCUCAGGGAGCACCUGGGGCUGCCACAGAAGUUCCACCGUGUGUUUGAGCGGCACCCUCAUGUGUUCUACUUGCUGUUGAAGGAGAAGACAUGCUUUGUUGUCCUCAAAGAGGCAUACAUGGCCGGGGGAGACACCACAAUUGAAGAACAUCCCAUGCUGGAGGUGCGGAGAAAGUAUGCCGGGUUGAUGGAGGAGUCACGGGAGAUCAUGAAGUGCCGGCGAAGCGGGAAGCCUUUCCAAUCAAAGCAUGAAGAUCAUGAGCAGAGUGAGGAUUCUAAGGAGGGUUCAAGUUCUGCUGUGAUCGUGCCAUAGGACGUUAUAUUACAGUUUUGUGCUGAUCAGAAAAGAAUGAGGGCAUAUGCAGAAUGGUUUUUGUCACAAUAGUCAGGAGGUUGUAUUCUUGGAAGAAGCAUAUUUGGCUUCUUGCUGUAUGCAUAGAAAGGCAGGAGGGUGUACAAAGAGGUUGGUGAUGGACCAAUUUAAACUGCAUUAUCAUGUUAUUCCUCUGUAGGUUGUUUUGGUCUGUAUGGUGCACUAUUGCACUGUAAAAUCAUAUUAUCAUCUAAGUCCAUUUUUCACAUGUAGUGACCACCUUUUCACAAUCUUUUGAUCAAAUCGUGGCAAAUCUCAAUCACCUUCUUAAACAGGCAUACAUUAUUGAAUUUGUUUUUAAGU